AUUUAUGUCUUAUAAUCAGUCGUGAAAACAUUAAUCGAACUUUGUACGUUAUUUUCGGGACUAGAAGUAUUGAAUUGAAAUACAAUAACAACUUUGUAUUUGUUCUGUAGAAAUGUCACUCAAUUACAAACAACAGUUGGCAACGCUCUUAAAUUCUGGCGGGUUUCACAAGGAUCAAGCGGAAAAGUUUCGCUUAAUAUUAGAAAGCUUAUUGAAACUUGAAGAUCCCGAAGGACUAGUUGAAGGAUUAAAGGCAUUAAUUGAAACCAUUGUUCAUGAAAAUGUUUCACUUGUUAUCAGUCGUCAACUGUUGUCUGAAAUAAGUUGCCAUGUACCAAAGUUGUCGGAUGAGAUGGGCAAAUCUGUUUGCAGCUUUGCUCUUGGAAAAAUUCAACCAAGAGUCAUUUCUUUUGAAGAACAAGUUGCUUCUAUACGUCAGCAUUUGGCAGACAUUUAUGAAAGAGAACAAUGCUGGAAAGAUGCUGCUAAUGUCUUGGUAGGGAUACCAUUGGAAACUGGCCAAAAGCAGUAUUCUUUGGAAUAUAAACUUGAGACCUAUCUAAAGAUAGCCCGCCUCUAUUUAGAAGAUGAUGAACCAGUGCAAGCUGAAUCAUUCAUUAACCGGGCAUCGCUUUUACAGGCUGAAUCCAAAAAUGAACAGCUUCAAGUAUAUUACAAAGUGUGCUAUGCUCGAGUGUUGGAUUAUAGACGCAAAUUUAUUGAAGCUGCCCAACGUUAUAACGAACUCUCUUAUCGAAGCAUAAUUCACGACGAUGAAAGAAUGACAGCUUUGAGGAAUGCAUUAAUAUGCACGAUAUUAGCAUCCGCAGGACAGCAGAGAAGCCGAAUGCUUGCAACUUUAUUCAAAGAUGAGCGUUGUCAACAACUUCAAGCGUAUUGCAUAUUGGAGAAAAUGUAUCUCGAUCGUAUUAUACGCAGAAAAGAACUUGUUCAGCUUGACUCGCUCUUGCAACCCCAUCAAAAAGCUAAAACAGCUGACGGUAAUUUAAUCUUAGUAUGGUAUAGUAAUUGUGCUCAAUUAGAACUGGCAAUAGGUUCUUCAAUCCUGGAUCGGGCGGUCACGGAACACAACCUUUUGGCAGCGAGUAAGCUUUACAACAACAUAACUUUCAUGGAACUUGGAGCUUUGUUAGAGGUAGAUCCUCUUAAAGCCGAGAAAAUCGCAUCGCAAAUGAUAACUGAAGGCCGAAUGAACGGCUCAGUUGAUCAAAUAGAUUCUAUCGUGCACUUUGAAAGUCGUGAGGUUUUACCAGCCUGGGAUCGUCAAAUCCAAUCCCUUUGUUACCAAGUGAACAAUAUAAUCGAAAAAAUAACCAAUGUAGCACCGGAAUGGAUGUCUAAAUCAAUAGACGAGCAAAUGGUACAUUAACUUGUGUGUAUAGUUGUGUACAUAUCCAUGGAAUUGUUUACAGUAAAGAUGCUUUAGAUAGCAAAGCUUCGGUUUUA